AUGAAGAAGAAGAAGAAGAAGAAGGAAAAGAAGAAGAAAGAAGAGGAAAGAUAUAUCUUAAAAGGGGCUCACGCUUGCGUGGGUACGUGGCCUGGCGAUCACGCGGACCCCAGCUCUCUCCAGUGGGGAGGAGUAGUAGCCAAAGGUCACUCCUAUCGCACCACCUGUCAGGGCAGGUGGGGUGAAUUAAUUGAGUUUAAAGCCCAUCAGGCGGAAAUGGUUGCUUCCGGUGCUACGUCACUUUGUGACGUCAUAGGUGAUGGAAUACGUCAUGAGAGGGUGACAGAAGAGGUCCAAGACCACAAAGUCAAGUGGGGAGCCAACUUCUCCUUCCAGUGUAAGAUGUCUGCCAACGCCUCCACCGGGGUCUUAGACCAAUGUAUACUGAGGGUAUCUGUGAGGAAGGAGUUGAAGGGUGGAAGAUCAUUCCAGAAGCUGGGGUUCUGUGACCUGAACCUGGCAGAGUUUGCAGGGUCGGGUCAGACCACACGGAGGUGUUUACUGGAAGGCUACGACACCAGGCAUCGUCAGGACAACUCCAUGUUGAUGGUUAGCAUCACCAUGAACAUGCUUUCCGGAGACGUUCUGUUCAAAGUUCCCUCUCCCUCACUGAAGCACAAGCAGAUGAUCGUGAGUGUUGCGCCAGAUGAGACCAAUGAGAGGCACAGGGAGGACUACUCCAGCGGGUCCAUAGCCAGCGGGAGCUCGGGCUGUGGCAGCCUCAAGAAACGGCCAGUCCUCUUCAACUCUGCGAGAGGAGUGGCCGUGGCCGAUGUGAGCACUGAACUGGACAGGGUUGGGGGUUGGUGCGGCCUCAAAAUGGCGGCGGCUACUUUGUUAGUUUACGUCUUUGGUUGGAUCUCCGGACGGCAACAUGUUGUGUUAAAGACCGCGAAGAGCAUUCAAGAACUGGUGCCAGACGGCCCCCAUUUGGAGCCUGGAGACCUGGGCAUUGUCCCCACUGCGGGGCCGGGGCCUGGCGUGGCGGAGACUGAGGAGAACCACGAGGCAGCUCCGGGACACUCACGUAACUCUUCCAACACCAGUCAGCUGAGCAAGGGCAGUGGCUACGGUAGUCUCAACAGUCAACAUAGCAGACAGUCCAGCUCCGGCGACUCUACACACAUCAGGUCCCCCUCAUGGCCUGGGUGGAACCCCCGCCUCGCCCCUAUCCCCUCCACACCCACCACUACCCCUCCCUCCCCUCGCCAAAGGCUUAGCCCCACCAAGACCAAUGGGAGGCUGCGGGGCAACAACCCCCCCUCUCCCUUGCUACUAUGUACCCCCCAGAGGCCUCCCCUGGGGUCCAACUUCAGGUUCCCCCCUUGGUCAGGUCCCUCACCCCGAGCCUCCUCCUCCCCCACCAUCCCCUGCCCUCUGUCCCCCCUAGCGGCCUCGCUGCCCCAUGAAGGUGCUAACCAGAGGGGAGGCCAUCGUAAGGUGUUUGAGAGUAACUCCAAACUCCCGACGGUCGCCAGUCCCGAGGAUGCGCCGGAGGAGAGUGACGCCGUCCCGCCAGUGGCGCCACUCAUACGGCGCACCAGUCAAGUGAACGCGUCGUCAGGAUCGGGUCUGAGUGAGACGGGGUCGCUGGACAGAGGCAAGGCGGCGCUGGAGAGGCGAAAGAAGGCGGCAGAGGAAGGCUCUGGUGGGGGCGGUCGUGUGGAGGCGUCUAGAGUCAACCCGGACCCUCUCAUAGACCAGCUGAUCCAGGAGACAAACCUGGAACCUUCCGAGACUGAGAUGUCAGGUCUCCAACUAUACAUUGCCAAAGAUGGGACGACGGCGUUAGGCAGCCACGAAGUCAAAUCACUGGGCGUGUUCAAACAAGUCGUGAUGGACGAUAGGCAGUACUGCUAUAUAGUGAUGGAAGAGCGUUUGAACAGUGCUAAGUUCGUCCACACAUCAAGUUGAGGUAAAGCAUGGUGUGAACCUUCUCAUUGGUUUGUAUUCAACUAAUUCAUGCCGAUCUUUGUGAUAUGUAAUUAAUUUGUCGGUUUUACGAUUCAUUUUCAUGUAACCUCACCUUGGACGAAAGAGCUUUCAUGGUUUUAUAAAAUUAUUGUGUUCAACUUUCUUCCUACAAUCGAAAUCUAUGCUGCGAAAUUGUCUUCCUUUUAAUCUUCCUUUAUUUACCUUUUUUUAUUAAUCUACCCUUUUAUCUCUCUACCUCUCAUGUAUUUUGAUGAUGAUAAUAAAUUACAUUGUUUUUGUAAUGGUUUUGCUUCCUAAUGAGCAAUGUGUGAUAUUAAUUUGGUUUUGACUGUUUUGAGGAACUAUUUUUAAUAACAAAUAUUUUCACUUACCACUUUUGUAUUU